UAAUGGCGUUAACGUUAAAGUUGAAUUGUGUAGAAUAAAUUGUAACCAUAUUUCUGUACAGUUAAUGAAUGUGCCAAACGUUAAAACCUAUUAAUAUGGACUUCAUUGCAACGUGUAUAUAAAUGUACUAAGGACAUACAGUACGUUAUACACAAAGCUCUGAGUUUGGCUCAUGCUAACCCUCCGUGUUUUGCGCAGGCUUUUGUGCUUGCUUGGUGGAGACUAUGGAGGAGGAUGAAGGUGACACACUAAUGGCUGUGGAGGAGUCAAUAUUCAGUGAAAGGGUAACAAAGGAUAAAGAUGAUGCUUCAGUUUUACAUGGUGACAAGAGUUCCCCUAGUCCAUUGGUAGAGGAACAUGAUAAAUUAAAGCCUGGUUGUCAGGAUAAUAUGAAGUCAGCUAGCUGUGUAGUAUCUGCACCAAUAACAAGUGAGAGGGGUAGUGAGAAGAACAAUGGCGCAUUAGCAAGUGAUAGUGAUGUUCCCGGAAGUCCAAAGAAAGUAAAUGGUGAGGUAGAAUUAUCAAAAUGUGACACAGCUGAGCACAGUUCUGAUUUAGAUUUCGUUAGUGAUAAUACCAUAGAUAAGGACAGCAGAUCAGUUGAAGAUGAAGAUGAUGAUGAUACAUAUUCUGAAUCUGAGAAUUCAUUAAACCCUCAGAAACGUAAACAUGAAGUGAUCCCAUUGCCCGAAGAAAUAAGUGAUGCAACAAAAGAUGAUGGCCAAAAUUCUGAGAGUAAUAUUGAAUAUAAAGGGUUCAAGAAAAGGAUUUUGGCUCAGACAUCCGUAGCAGCCAAUAACAUAUCCACAACAGGUGAUAAACCAUUGAAGUCUUCAAAAUCAGUUUUUAAAUGCAAGGAAUCACCUCUCGGAGAGGCUGUUUUAGAACCUCAGCAUGUUUUGCUGUCACAUCAAACAUUACCAGAUGGGACGCAAUCCAGUGCACAGCUUAAAGAAUAUGCUCAGUAUUUGGGCUUGCAGCCAACAGUGAAAUUCAAAUGCUAUAAAUGUGGUGAGAGUGGUUUCCCGUCCAUGUUAAAAUUACAAGAACAUCAGAACACCUGUCUGAAAAAUUGUAAUAAAGUGCAAAGUCUUACAAAACCUAUCCCUCCACCUCAUACUUCUGAACCUACACCAUCUACAAAUUUCAAGAUAACUCGCAAAGUGUACCUCUGUUCAGCAUGUGGGACUUACUAUGAGAACUGGAAUCUCUUUCUUCACAUGAAGGAGGUUCAUAAGAGACUUAUAUGCUUAUUUUGCUUGGGGAUGUUCUCUCAGGUUGACAAGCUUGCUACACAUUUGUCUGGAAAGCAUGGGGUAGUUGAAGCACUGUAUACAUCAUCAGAGCAGUUUCUAAAUGAAUUUAAAAGUGGGUCCUGCUUUCUUAUGUGUUGCACUUGUGAACGGAUUUUUUCAGAGCGAGAAAAUUUUUAUGACCACUCUUGCAGUGAAGGAUUGGUGAUUAAUACUGACAAGGCAUGUUCCUUAUGCGGGUUGCGAGGUGCGCAUUUUCCAACAUGCCGCCGAGCCUUUACUGAUAGUAGCUCAUCGCCACCACCCCUACGGCCACUAUCAAGUUCUUCACUUUCUGCCACACUGGAAAGUCCACCAGAAUCAACACAGAAUUCUCAGCUCUCGAUUCAAGAACAUUCUUUAUCAGUCACAAAAUAUUUAAUACCGGUGGGAAAAGUUCCAGGCAAAAGAGUAAAUCAGAAAGCAAAUAUGAUGCUUGACAGCACAGGAGAAAGUCUGGAAAAACCUAGAGAUCUCUCAGAUAUUGAUGAUGAUUAUGAUAUUAGUAAUGCAGCUUCUUUCUGUCAUGUCAACAUUGAUGAGCCUUUAGAGAAGCAGAAGCCAGUAGCUAUUUCAAAAGUCAAAACCUAUAAAGGUAUAAGUCAAGAUGUUGAUAGGAAAGUCACUGCUGAGCUGAAGCCUACAGAUUCAUCAACUGAUACAGACAUAAAUGAGAAAUGUGCAGAAACUAGUGACAAUAACAGAGAUGAAGAUGUUCAAGAUAAUGAUACAAAUGCUAGCUCAAGUAAUAUAGUUGUCAAAGAAAAGGAAAUUCAAGAAAAUCAGGAGCAUGUUGAUGACCAAAGUGGCAAGAUUGUAAUUGAAGUUGAUGAUGAAAGUAUGCACAAGGGAGGGAUAGAACCAAAGAGGUCAGAUCUGGAGAACAAGACAGAUUUGGAAAGCCCACGAGAUAAUGAGCUUCAAAGCCCUGUUUUGGAAGAACUUGAGUCAAAUUUAGAAAAUGAUACAAAAACACAGCAACAAGUGCAGGCUAGUUUAAUGCCAUCACUACAGAAAGAAACCAGUGCAAAGUCUUCUUCAAAAUCAGAUGUUGGCCCAAAGACAUCACCACAAACAGAAACAAAAGUUACUUCAGUUACACCAAGUGCCACAGAAGCUGAUUCGGAGUCUGAGUCAGAGUCUGGUGAUGAUACUGAUGACAGUUCUACAAGUUCGGAACCAUCUUCUGAGGAGAGUGAUCAUGAAGAAACAAAGGAUAAAGAGAAAGUUGAUGAGUCAGAUGCUGAUAAUGCAGAAAGUGAUAAACUGUCCCUUGUUGUAGAUGAAAAUAAGAGUGAGGAAGAAGAAAAAAUGGAAUUAGAAGAAAAAAAGACUGAUGAUGGGGAGAAAUAUAACACAGAAGAUAAAAUGAGUGAAGCAGAAGAUUCUAAACAUGAUGCACCAAAGAGUGACACUGAAAUGGUGCAGAAUACGAUAGAGGACACUCAAGAAUAUACAGUUUUGGAGGAAGAGAAAGUUGAUGACCCAGCAGAAAGCAUGCAGAUAGCAGGUGAUGAUGUACCCCUUUUGGAACUGACACUUGAAGAACAUCUUGACAGUAUGAAUAUCCAGAUGUUACUGAAGGAAUCUGUGAAAGUUUCCUGCCUUAAUUGUGUGUACUGUAAUCAUGCUAAGAAAAUAGCUGUUAAUGGUAAACAGCUGGCAUUACAUCUGUUAGCAGAGCAUCGUUUUGCUCCAGUUGUUUGCUCUGAUAGUGGAGAACUCACAGAAGCUGAUGGGUUUGUGGAUAAAUUGAAAAUUUCAUUAUCAGAAUUGCAACACAUGUUUUUUAACACAGACUCUUACGAUAAUAUGGACCAAACUUGUAUGCGUCCAUAUGAUAGAACAUACGAAUGUUUCCAUUGCCAUUUCUUGACAACCCUGCAUAAAGAGCUAUAUGUACACAACAGAAAGAUGCACCAGAAAACAAUUCUCUUAUGCAUUAUGUGCAAAUCCAAUUUUUAUAGCUAUAGUGAACUACUGUGUCAUUUAUGUCCUGGUAUCUAUGUACCAGAAAGUAAUAUAAACUUCCGCUGCUGCCUGUGUACAGUUGAUGGUUUACCUUCAGCUUUUAGACUUAUGGUACAUCUGAGGAAGAGACAUCAUGCUUGUGAUGUGUGUCUGGAAACUACUGGCGAUCAACAGAAGUUGUCCAAUCAUGUGUGGAAACACAAGCUACACCACCUAUGUUAUCGUUGUGGAAUUGCUUAUCGCAACAAACCCGAUAUUACAAAACACCUUUUCUGGAAGCAUGGCACUGAGAGCGUUCUUUGCAAGAAAUGUUUACAGAAGAAAUGGCCUCAUGUCUAUCAUUUUUGUAUACCACCAAAUGCAUUUGUAUGUGAAGAAUGUAACAGCAGCUUCUCACGUGCUGUGGCAUUGAAAGUUCAUAAGAGACUGCAUGCUGGUGAUUUGCCUUAUCCCUGCAGUGAGUGUGAGGAACAUUUCAUAUCAAGAAAACUUUUAACCAAACAUCAGGAGAAACAUCGAGAGCCUUCUUCGCCUAAAGAUGCAGUGGAAACAAGGCUGCAAGAAAAUGGUCCCAUCGGAGAAUUUGAAAGCCAAGAAAGUAAUAAAAUCGAAGAUGACUCUCUGCAAAGAGCAGAUGUGCUUGCCCAUGAGGAUGCAGUUGCCAGUGGCAGUUCAGUACAAGAAGAGGAGUCACGGGUAUGUGAUCCUGUGACAGCAGCCACAGUAUCAGAAAGAGAUAUAGCUGAUGCUGCUGUAGAAGCACCUGUUACUGAAAACUUGGGUGAAGCACUCAAGUAUGAGGAGAAAGAAGUAGGUGAAAAGAAAUCUAAGGUUGUAGAUGUCUAUGACCUCCCUCCCUUGAAUUUAUCGUCAGAAAGUGAUGAUUCUGAUGAUGACACAAAGGAGACACAGUUAAAUGUGAAGGCAGGUAAAUCUGUAAGUGACGUGGAAUCAGUGGCUGUUAAUGGAAGCACAAACUUAAAUGACAGACAAAGAACAUCUGAAGCUUUGUCUCACACAGAUGAGGAUGUUCAACAACCAAUUGAAGUUGUAGAUGGAAUUUGGGAAAAUUUCAAGACAUAUAAAGCGAACUUAGAACGUCGUGAAAGUCAGCACACUGAAACUGGUGAAAGUUCAACACAAAAAACUGAAAGGGAACUACAAUUCCAGUUAUGUGAGAGGCAGAUUGCAGAAGUCAUUUCAGUGAUAUAUAUGGAUCAUGACUACUGUGGACCAUUUGUGGGGACAAGUCAUUCAGUGAACAUGGAAGAGCAGUCAGAAGGUGUGUUGGCAUCAGAACUGCAAGCUGAGCAACAUGCCAUUCUCUCACAACAAGAUGCUGAAAAAACAGAACCAAAGGAGAAAUCGGAAGAAGAGAAGAAGGCUUGUGAUGCCGAUCAUAAUUACUGUUACACUAAUACAUCACUUGGUGUUGAAAAUGAGAGAGAGGAAGGUGCUGCAGCUGUAAGUGUUUCAGCCAUCACUUCUCCAAACAAGAAAAAACAAAAGUCACCCAAGAAGAAACAGAAACAUAGUGCUAGUUCAUCAUCUAGUGAUUCCAGCAGUAACAGUGACUCAAGCACAUGUAGUUGUGGUACAAACUGCAGUUGUAGCAGCUCAAGUUCAAGCAGUUCAGGCACAUCCUCCAGUCAGAGCUCUGAUUCUGACAGUUCAAGUUCAGAAGGCAGACGCCGCCAGACAGCCAGACGAGAACGCAGGAGAGAGAGGGCAAAGCGGAAGAAAGCGGAGGAAGUUGAGGAUGCAACACCUGAAGCAGGUGCCGCAGGGGUAGCAACAAAUGGACCUCCUGAACAGCAUGAAGUUCCACCUCUGGCCACAUCGGUUGAACCUGAGGACGUGGAGUUGCCUGUAAGAGAAUCAGAUCUAGACACAGAUGAAACAGAGACAGAUGAGGAUUUUUAUGAUAAAUAUCCACAGAGACAGGCCAACAAACUACUUGCAGAAAAGCGAAAUCAACUUCUUUUAUUGGCAGCAGUGGCUCCUGUUAAUAAUGGCACAAUGUCACAGUCUGGUCAGUCACCACCACCAAGUUCCAUUGAAGAACCUAUACCAAAGAAGAAAGUAAAAACAAAAAAACAUAAAAAAUUACAUCAUAAUAGUUCAGAAAAUAAAAUGGAAAACAAACUGCAACUCAACAUUCCCACAGACUACUACAGCAAUCAUGCACCAAUUUUUUCAAAAUCAGCCAUGCCAACAACAUCUGCAAGCAGUUCUGCGAAUACUACCACCUUGGCCACACCAGCCCGAUCCAUUCAAAGUCCCUUCCUUGUUAGCCAUCUUGAGCCAUCAACACCCACUGCACCCUAUCACAGCACAGGUAGUGGCUCAGAAACAGAUACCAAACGCCUCUCCAAAAGAAAGCGAGUUCCCAAAAGAUUUUAUGGGGAUUCUAGUGAUGAUGAACCUGAUCAACCAGCAGCUAAGUGGCGUAAGGCAAACCCGGUAUCAGUGUUGCAGUCUGCACCAGGGUGCAGCAAUUCUGGCUCCAUGCCUGAACCAGUUCAAGUCCCAUCUGUUAAUGAGGAGAAGUCAGAGGAGGAGGCUGUGGAGGAUAGUGAUAGUGAUCGAGAGGACAUAAAGAAAAGCAGCAGUGAGUCAUCCAACAGUGAAAGUGAUGCUGAAAAAGAACAGGGUGAUGAUGACGAUGAUGAUGAUCUCUCUGAUGCAGACAGUGAAACCGAGACCUCAUCAGCAGCGCAAACUCAUACGUCUUCGGCUGAAAGAAAAAGCGAUGCUGUUCAGCAAAAGAACGAAAAUUUAUAUUGUUACUGCCAGUGUCCAUAUGAUGAAGUGUCAGAAAUGAUUGCGUGUGAUGGUAAAGACUGUACAAUUGAAUGGUUUCAUUUUGAGUGUGUGGGUAUAAUGGUGCCACCAAAGGGCAAGUGGUUUUGUCCAGACUGCAGAAAGAGGGCUGCGGCAAGGAGCGAGUACUUGCUACAUGUGUGAGUUGGGUGUGGGUUUAUGUACACAGUAUGAAUGACCUAUUUAACCACUUGUUAUAUUAACGUGUGAAGUUUUGGGAGCUCUGCUUCAUGUGUGUGUUAUUUCUUCGUUGGUUUCCUCCUCUUCAGAAGGAAUUUGUGUAAAUAGUGUAAAUAGGUAGCAUAAUAAUUGACAG